GGACGAGCUCGUCAGCGCGAAUUGGGCCUCCCAGCACGGUGCUGUGCGCCGAGAGCUGGUGGUGGCGGACAAGGUCUACCUCCGCUUCCGCCGCGCGGAGGGCAACGUCGCCGCGGCCACCCCGCCACUGCGCGCCCCUAAGGGGCCGCGGGCCGCGGCCGAGCCGCACGGGCACCUGGGUGCGCCGGCGCCGCGGGGGCGGCAGCCCGUGGAGGCACAUGCGCUGCAGCAGCGGCCGCACGAGCGCGGCGCGGAGUCGGGGCCGCCGUGGGUCGGCGGCCCGACGCUGCCGGAGCCCGGGCUGGCGCUCUUCGAGAAGGCCCGGCCGCCGUCGGCGCCGCGCCUCGAGCCCAAGCUCCUCGAGCCCAAGCUCAUCGAGCACGCCGUGCACAGGAUGGUGCCCUCCAAGCUGAAGGGCGAGGUGCUGCCAGUCAAGCCUCGGAGCAUCUCUUGUAAGCCGCACGCCACGAUGGUGGAAGAGGAGAGGAUCAGGUCCACCUCUCACCCCGCGAGGUCUCGGUCAGAUCCGCCGCCGAAGUCUUGGUCGCCAUGGGGGUCGUUGAACUCGCCAUGCCACUCGGGCUGCCUCGCCAGCGCUGACUUACCGUUUAGCUGCUCGGACUUUGGCAAUGCCGUGGGUUGGAGCAGACACAGCAGCCCACACGCGCACGAGCAGGUCAGCCCCACUGAUGCGCUGGACAAGCAGUCUCUUCACGACAGCAACAUCUUCUCGGGCAGCGGGUCGGGCUCCGAGCUGCAGAGCAGCGAAAGCAAGUGCCCGUCAACAGAGUGGGAAUUCUCGGAGUUGCCACACCCAGUGCCCAUCGGCGGGUUCCCCCUACCACUUGGAGCGCAACUGACAGACCGCAGCGUGCACAGCGUGCCAUCUGCGCAGCACGGCGGCCGCGAGCCGCCGCUGGCGGUGGGGCGCCCGUACGCUCAGCCCCAGCAGCACUGGCAGCCGCACGACACGCUGCUCUGCGGUGCCAACGCGCUUGGAGUCCAGCAUCCCGGCCAGCAUCAGCUCCUCGGUGGCCUGCGCGGCCCUCCCGGGCUGGUGCCAGUUGGCCUGGCGCCGCCCGGGGCGGCAGCGCAGCACCCUGGCAGCCUCGUCAUCGUCGCCAACUCCGACGCCCUAGCCUGGCAGACCGCAGCAUCUUUCGGCACGGUGGUCUCGGGGGGAACCCUGCCGCUCGGGGUCGGCCCGCCGCAGCCUGGGCAACCUCAACCCCUGCAGCCGCGCAUGGAAGCGCAGGGCAGUGCGCAGGUGCCGCGCCGCCAUGGCACAGGAGGCGCUGGGCCCAUGCCUGCGAUCUUCAUGGUGCCGGAAGCAGCCGCCUCGGCAGCGAGCCGAUCCCUCCCACGGGCGGACAGCGCACCGCCGGGCUGCGACCGCGCGGGGCCGCUUUCCGAGCCCGGGGCCGUGGGCACGGCGGCGGCCGCGGCGCAGGCAGCGGGCAGUGCGGCCGGCGCCGCACGGAGGAGGACGUACCGCGCCGGCCAGCGUGAGGCUGCCAAGCGCGAGCGCGCCCUCGUGUCAUCACGUGCCGCGCCAGCUGCAGACCACGGCGUGGGCGGAGGGCUGCACCCCGGCCCACCAGCCGAGCUAGCACCGGCGUCGUGGGCACAAGAGCACGCCCGGCCUGCUGUGGCAGCCCUGGCCGCGCCCGCCGCGGCCUCCUCCAGCGCCACCAUCUGCGACGGGGAACCGCAGAGGUACGGCGCGGGCGGCGGCUUCUCCGAGGGCAUCGCCAGAGCCUCUUUCGUGGGCCGCUCGGCUCGCGCGGGCAGCGCCCCGCCAGACUGUCGAGCCGCGGGCGCGGUGGCCGCGGGUGCAGAGGGCCCCGAGCGCUUGUACUUCAAGCCGAGGCGCCGCGCCGGUGUGCGGGUGCGGCAGAGGAAGGAGUUCGCCAUCGCCCGCAGGCGAGGGCUCAACGAACCCGCCGCCGACGCUGCUGGCGUCGGGGCAACCCAGGAGGGGGAAGCGGACCCCAACACAGCGGACGGCCCGGCCGCGGCAGCGGCCACCGGGGUGGCGGCGGCGGUCGCCCCGGUGGGCCCGGUGCGCGCCCGCGCCCGCUGGGCAGACGCGGCAUUGGCUGAGGGAGACCUGGGCAACAGCCCCAGGCACGAGCUCUGGCCAGUCAGCGGUGACGCCGCGCAGCAGGCAGCCUCGGCCUUGGAAGUCGAGGC